AUGGCGCCGAUUCCCUGCGCAAUAUGCAAGGACUCCCGAGCACUGAUAGUCAGACCUAAAAACCAUCAAAAGUUAUGCAAGAACUGCUUUAUAUCAGUCUUCGAAGAGGAAGUUCAUCAAACAAUUUCAUUCACUAAAAUCUUCUCACCUGGAGAGCGGAUAGCAAUCGGUGCCUCUGGUGGGAAAGAUUCUACUGUUCUUGCAUCUGUCCUUAAGACCCUCAAUUCUAAAUAUAAUUAUGGCCUUGAACUUGUUUUAUUGAGUAUAGAUGAAGGUAUUAAAGGAUAUCGAGACGACUCCCUCGAGACAGUCAAGAACAAUGCCAUUCAAUACGACAUGCCCCUUAAGAUUGUUGGAUAUGAUGAAUUAUAUGGCUGGACGAUGGACCAAGUUGUUGAAACAAUUGGCAAAAAAGGAAACUGCACUUACUGCGGGGUGUUUCGUCGUCAAGCAUUGGACAGAGGAGCCAAGAUGUUAGGAAUUAAACAUGUAGUAACGGGACAUAAUGCAGACGAUCUAGCCGAAACUAUCCUCAUGAACCUACUUCGAGGGGACUUGUCUCGUCUAGCACGGAGCACGAACAUAAUGACUGGUGAUGAUUCAAGUGAUGUUCGGAGGAGUAAACCGCUAAAGUACGCCUACGAAAAAGAAAUUGUACUCUAUGCCCAUCAUAAGAAACUUGAGUAUUUUACGACCGAAUGUAUUUACAGUCCUGAAGCUUUUCGAGGAAGUGCCAGAACGCUCAUUAAAAACCUUGAGCGUAUACGUCCAAGCGCAAUUCUAGACGUUGUUCGAAGCGGUGAAGACAUGGCCAAAAUGGUUUCGGAAGAAGCUUCUGGAUUUGAUCACUGCAGAAGCCAAGGACCACAAAUUAAUGAACAAGAAGGUGAAGAAGGCACGGGCGGCUGUGGAGGCUCCAACGGAAGGACAAGUGGCGGUGAGAUGGCAGAAAUGGAAAAAUUGCUUAUUGAAAACGAAAUAGCUUCCUCGAGAGAAAUUAAUUUCACUUCAGGAUCAAUUAUUGAGGGUGAAAACCCGGCCAAAAAAAUACUUCAAACGAGUGGGACUCAGCCUAAAAAACAAUCCCAGCCGAAAGUAACUCGACAGACAUUAGGCACUUGUAAUAAAUGUGGUUACAUGUCAAGUCAACAAGUAUGCAAGGCUUGCUCACUUUUAGAGGGUCUAAACAAGAAUCGGCCAAAAAUUGAAAUUGAGAUAUAG